AACCAGAAGUUUCUGAAGGUUUCUCCAGAGUCAGAGGACACAACGACAUCACCAAGUCUGUCAUUCCAGGAGUCUCCAGCAUAAGGUCUGUGAUGUCAUCUAGUCCCAUCACUGAGCUGACCGCCAUGAUCCUGACUCCCGAAGUGCCCCAGAACCAUUCGGGGACCAACACUUCAUCUAACAGCAAGAGAGAUGCCUUUGAUGAGUUUGUGAGAUGUCUGACUCUGUUCAUAUGCCUUUGUGGGCUGGUGGGGAAUGGAAUAGUUAUCUGGCUUCUCAGUUUACACAUUAAAAGAACCCCCUUCUCAUUCUAUGUCCUCAAUUUAGCUGGAAGUGAUUUCACCUACCUCUUCUUGGAAGUCAUUUGGGUAAUCAAUUACCUGAUAUAUCGUCCGGACUUUCAGAACAUUGUCAAUUUAUUAACAAAUAUGGGUCUACAUGUAACUUUUACAGUGGGUCUGGGUCUAUUGGCAUCAAUCAGCACUCAGCGUUGUCUGUCCAUUCUCUUCCCAAUAUGGUACCGAAAUCGGCACCCAAAGAGGGGGCCAAUGGUUGUAUGUAGCUUGCUCUGGAUUCUAUCCCUUCUGCUAAAUCUACCAAAGGUUUACUACUGUGUUGUAAAGAUAGAAAUACUGCCCCCUUCUGGUUGUGACACAAUGAGUAAAUUAUCAGGAACACUGAUGCUUUCCAUGCUUCUGUUAAUGACUCUGUCCAGCCUGAUUCUCUUCAUCAAAAUCUUGUCGAGUGCCCAGAAAUAUAAAGCCAAAAAACUUGUCAUCCUCAUCCUGAUGACAGUUCUCGUGUUCCUCCUCUGUGCUGUCCCUCAUGGCAUCAAUCACUCUGUUUUCAACUGGAAAGCAAUGUACAACCACACCUUUCAUGAGAUCUCCUACUUGUUGUCUUGUGUAAACAGCAGCGCCAAUCCCUUCAUUUACUUCUUCAUUGGGAGCCUCAGACACCAAAGACUGAAGGAGCCCCUCAAGGUGGUUCUCCAGAGAGCCCUGAGAGAUGACAGUGACCCCUCUGAGGACAGAGGGACUUCCUCCCGGACAGAUACAACAUUGGAUAUGCCAGCAUGAGUCUGGACAAUUUGAUGGAGAGACUCUGAGAGAAACAGCCCUAUCUUUGAGGGUCUUUUCUGCAGCCUAAUCUAGCCCUGGCUUCUUCCUCAUCAGAAAAGGAAAUAGAACUUUCUUCCUUAUUCAAUCAACUAAUAAGCUUUUUGGUUCCUUUCUACGUGCCAAGCAUUGUACUGGUUCUGGAGAGCCAAAGAAAAAAAAAGUGAAUUAGGUUUUGCCCUCAGGGAGCUUAUAUUUUAUUGGGGCAGACAGACAUGUAUAUAAAAAGGUAGAUACAAAGCAGAUUGUAAUAUAGAUAAAUGUGAAUAUUGGGAAGAAAAGACACUGAUGGGAUCAGGAAAGGUCUCAUAUAGAUGGUGGGAACUCUGAAUUCUAAGAGGGAAAGUUGAAGAAAUGCAUUCUACAUAGGAGGAGCAGCCAGGGCAAAGUCAGAGACAUGGGUAUAUAUGAUAUGUAGAAGUGAAAAGAGAGUGAAUUGCAGGAAUAGCAGGAGGCUGGUGCAAAGGCAGGAAAAUGGGGCAUGCAGCAUCUUGUGAGAUAAAUAGUAAAUAUUUGAGUUUGGUUAGCUCACUGAGUUCAGGAAUGGCAGGAAGAUGAUUGGAUCCUAGACACAGAGAGUGAAAGAGAGAGAAAAGGGGAGGGGCAGCAAGUGGACUAGAGUAGAAUAUCCAGAGAAUAAGAAUGAGUCAGCGCCCAAUUGCUAAAUGGUCAAAGGAUAUGAACAGGCAAUUUUCCAAUGAAGAAAUCUAAACAAUUUAUAAGUAUACAAAAUGCUCAAACUCAUUACUGAAUCAAGAAAUACAGAUUAAAAUAACCCUGACAUAUCAUCUUCCAACUACUAACUUGCCUAAAAUGAUAGAAGGGGAAAGUGACAAAUGUUGGAGAAAAUGUGGAAAAAUUGGGACACUAACUUAUUGUUUGUGGUAUUGUAAAAUGAUCCAACAUUUUAGGAGAACAAUGUGGAAU